CGUACUUACUACAGCAUACAGGAAUGUAAACCCUUCUCAAACCUCCUUCUGGGAUCAUCUUAAGUCCCUAUACAGGCAUAUGGUCAGUACAGUUACAGAUGGGAUGAUAAUCACUUCCCAGCAAGGGGGCUGACCUCAUGGUGGGCCAAACCAUUCUCCUGAGGAUAAAAUGCCCCCUUUUCAUUUGUGCUCUGUGACCAUGACGGCCACUGUCCCCCCAGGGAAAUGUAAUUUGGUAAAUAGACCUUCUCUUUAGGCAAAGCACAGAAAUAGAAUAUUUACUAGAAAACCUAAUAUACCUGACACUAAUAUAGCACGUAUGUUAAUUAUGCUGGAAUUGAAAAAGAAAAGGAAAAAAGAAAACCUAAUAAAUAGUGUGUGGAAGUUUAAUGAUCUUGUUUCUCCUGAGGUUGCAAUAUGAGCCCUGAUAAAUAUAGGUAGGAGGCAUAUUUUCCAAGUGUUCCUCAAAUGUUUAGUCCUCAUCUUCCUGUCCAGGGGUGCAUGAGAUUUAACCUCUGUCUUCUCUGUUAUUGCUGCAUCUGGAGUCUUCCUAAGUAAAUACACUGAACUCAAAGUCUUCAUCCUCUUACAUGUAAGCAAAUAUUAAUUCUAUUUUAGAGACUAGAUUGUACAGGCAGGAAAGCCAAUCUGUGCCAGUUCAAUCUGUUUUUGUUACAGAAAUUCUUUAGUAUGUAAAAUUUUUAUCCUAUUAGAUCAGAUUAUGGAAACUUGUUUUAAUUUAGUUAUAUACACAUAAGAUGCACAAUUUAUUUAAUCGCCUUUUAAUUUUUCUCCCCCUGCAUCUAGGGCUCUGUUUUCAAAUCAGUAAGUAAUUAAGAGCUAGCAUUAUGCUCGCCACACCUGCAUUUGCUUAGUACCUGGGGUGUAAAGUUCUUUUUCCCCCCCCUCCAUCUUAGGCCCAUGCCCCCUAGAGCGGCAUGCUUUUUUUUCCCCCCUGAGGCUUUGCUCCUGUCUUUGGUUGAUAAGCUGAAAGUGGGAGGAGAAAGGGUCCUGGUCUAUCCAGGCAGUAGCCUUCCCUGGUAAGGCCCCAACUACAGGAUAAUCAGCCGGUUUUUGCCUUUUUUCUUUUUCUUUCUUUUCUUUUCCCUCUUCUCUUAGCAAAACCUUUUAGAAUGGCUCUUAUCUGUAGGCAGCUAAUUGUUACACCCCCCCCCACCCCCGUGGGCUGUCCACCUGACCAUCUCUCCAAGUGGUGCUCUCCCUCUCCAGGGCGUCCCGAUCAGCCUCAGAGGGGCUGGGACCACGAGCGACCCCAGGAGGGAUGACAGGUGGGGUGGGGACAGCCAGGACCCUUAGGAGGGGUCAGGGAGGACUGUGCGGGGAACGUGCAGCCUGCCCCCAGAGGGGCGCGAGUGAUCUUCCCCAAGGGCUACUCCGAAGCACCGAGCACCUCGGCUUCCAGGCAGCGCGCAGCGGUGUGCCUUGGGGGAGGUGCGCAGCUUGGUGGCUGGAGACCUCCUGAAAUCCCUGUCACCAGAGGCGCACUGAGAAGUAUUGCUUUACAUGCCGGGUGGCUGGGAAUCCGGGAGCCAGGGGAUAAUUACCCCUUCUUGUCGGGAUCGCGGCUGGAGAGCGGUAUCUCGGGUGUAUUGUUGGGAUGGGGGCAGGGUCCGCACUUUGAGAGGCAGACUUGGCUACACUUGGAAGGAAGGGGCAACACCGAGGAGCGCCGAGCAGGGCACUGAAUGCCAAGACAGGAAGUCUUCCCGGAGGGCUCAGACAGUUGGCGCAGUAAACGAGCCAGGCAGUAAGUGCUCAGUCAAAGGCAUCUCUUGGGGGUGCCUGGGUGGCUCAGUUGGUUAAGCGACUGCCUUUGGCUCAGGUCAUGAUCCUGGAGUCCCGGGAUCGAGUCCUGCAUCGGGCUCCCUGCUCAACAGGGAGUCUGCAUCUCCGUCUGACCCUCCCCCCUCUCAUGCUCUCUCUCAUUCUCUUUCUCAAAUAAAUAAAUAAAAUCUUAAAAAAAAAGGCAUCUCUUGGGGACUUUCCCCAGAGUUCAGAAUCAUCCCCUCCCCCUGGCCAAAUGGAGGAAUAAUUCCCCUUUAAGGGAAUUAUUAAUUAUUACUAAUCUUUAAGGAUCACUCCAACAUGGAAGCAGAAAUUACACUUGGAGAGGCAUAUUAAAGAAUUUAUUAUACUCACAGAUCCUAGAAGAGAGAGGCCAGAUGCAGACUCAGGGGCCAGAUGGAGGAGAGCCCAGGAAGCCGGUUCAACCAAGCAGGAGGGGAGCAGAGAGAAACAGAGAAACAGAACAAAGACCAACAGGAGUUAGAGACAGGAGAAAGCAAGAAGGAACACUUGUGGCAGGGGCCAGCCUUAUCACACUGGUGCAUUGGUCACCUGGUGUUCACAGCCUGUUUGUGGGGAUGUUGAAGCAUCAGGGACAUAGGAAGUUUAAAAAUUUUAGUUCACUGAGUGUGUGUGUUGUUUGAUUGUUUUAUGGGCUACGUUGUGUCUGGAUGUCUCUAAUAGCAUGUCUCUAAAAAUAGUGAGUGAUAAGCGUGGGACUGAAAACCUCCACCUUCUUCUCUUUUGUUUGUGGGUUCAGGAUUCUUUUUGUUGUGCCUGUGACAUUAGAUUUCUAGUAAAUAUCUGUGGCCGAUGCAAAGUAGAUUAAACUUCAUCUCCUAUUUAGAGAAAUAGAAGUCAUGCUAAAUAAAAAGUGAUACAAAGGUUGCAAAAGUUGGAGAGCAGGAAUGACCAGGAAUUGUAGAUGGGUUCCAUGUGACCCCGACAUGUAACCAGAUGUAAAAGUGCUUUGAUAGACUCUGAACUCAGCACUCGCUUUGGAUCUGCGGAAUUUGUUGGGAUUUCUAAAGCUUUCGCCCCUCUCAGCCUUUGAUUAGUGAUAACUUAGUCUGUCUAACUGCUUAAGUCCCAGCCAGAAAAACUGUGGGGUGGGCAUUUUCCUAUUACUGUCCCUGAAAGAGAGAUGCACCCAGCUUAAUCCCUAAUUGUGCCUGCACAAGGAAAUGAGAUAGGACUUUAUUUGUCCAUGAAUGACUGCAGUUCUUAACAGCAUGUUAAUCUAGAAUUCACUGAGAUUCACAGAACAUUUGUAGACUCAGUUCACCUUUUUUAUUUUUAAAUUUUUUGAUGACUUUCAUCGUACAUAAAUUGUACACUUUUACAUACUCUCAUUGAAUUACGUAAUUUUUAGCUUCUAUUUUUGGCAUUGCUUACUAAAUAUUUGCCGUAACUCUUGGAAGAAAUACACACAUUUCUAAGUGGUUUAUUUAUGUGCUCCAUACACACUUGUUAGAACAGUGCGUAAACCUGACACUUCAGAUUCCGUGUUUAUGAUUACUCUUCCGGCUACUCUAAAUGUCCUCUUCAACUCUCUUACUGCUCACUGUGCUCAUGAAUGAAAAAGAAUCACCUUUUGGAGACAAUAUCCUCAGAGUGACCAAGGUUCCAACACAGACACAUGCUCUCAUACCUAAAUGACUUCUCAAAGUCACUGAGGUCUUGAAUUUUUUCACCCUUCCCUGAUGUUUCCCCAGAGCUUCCUGCCACUAUCUUUAAAGAAAUACAUAAACAUUAUCAAUAACUCUGUCAUUUCUAUUUCACUACUGUCUUUCUGAGAUAAUCUGAAUUCCCCUUGCAGAACUUUCCCUUCAGUAACAGAAAUGAUCAUCAUUUCCCAGCAAGCUGAUGAGACCAUGCAGUUCAGGUGCUCCCUUCCUCUUGAGAUUCAGAUACCCCCUUAGUAUUGGGGUUCAGAUGCUCCUUUAGCACUUGUGCUGCAAGUGUGAAAACUGCAGCUACUGUCCCAUACCAAAGUAGCAUUUGUUGGGGCGCCUGGGUGGCUCAGUUGGUUAAGCACCUGCCUUCAGCUCAGGUCAUGAUCUCAGGGUCCUGGGAUCAAGCCCCACCUCAGGCUCUCUGCUCAUCGGGGAGUCAACUUCUCCCUCUCACUCUCCCUCUGUGCUCUGUCUCUCUCAAAUAAAUAAAUAUUUUUUUAAAAAACAGUAUUUGUUUAGUUGCUCUCCAUUUGAGUUAUGUAUCAAAUUCCUGAAAGGAGUUGGAUAUCUUGGAAUAUGGGGAAAGAAAUAUCCUAUGGAUUAAACUGUUCCUCAAUGGGUAGGACACAAUCACAGUAUAUACGCAAGAGAGAUGUUCUCUGUGGGAACCAGAGGCAAAGCUUCACCCUUGUGCAGUUGCUUCAGGGCAGCCUCCACCUCCCUCUUCUGAUGAACCUGUCUAGGGUCUUUUCCUCUUUUCCUGACCAAACAUACUGAAACUCACAAAACUCACUUCUAACUCUUGAGGUUUCAUGCAUGUGAAGAACAAUAAGAUGAUGUUUAUUAGUCUACAGCUAAGGACGUACAUAUUUUAUGUCGAAAUGACUUGAUGGAAUAUGUCCGCUUGUAUCAGUAGCCUUUGGGGACUCCUAAAAUACUGUUUUUAUUCUCUGGGAGCCUGCUGAGCUUCAUGGGGUCUGAAAUCAUGCUUCUAAGAACUUUUGAGCACUUGCAGACAGCACCCCCUACAAAUCCGCGUGAAUCCCUUCAGGAAGCCUCCGGAACCUUACUAGACCUCGCAGAACCUCCGAGCCUUUGGGAUGGUUCCGGUGGGGAGCACCCUCUCCUCUACCGCCUCUGCCACGUUACCCAGAGGGCGCCGCGCGGAGAAGCUGCGGGUUGAGCCAAUGAAGGCCCAGCAUAAGAGCUCUUCCGUGCGUUUAACAGCGCUUGGGGCGGGACUUCCGGCGUCCUCGUGGUGGCGGUGGUUUUGGGCGUUCCUGGGUUUGUUCGGCACCGUCAGGCCGGCGCGGGACUCUGGUGACAGGACCGAGAAGGCGCAAGGAGAGGAGCUGUCCCUGCCGCGCAGACUGGGGCCCCCGGCUAGCGACGCCGCCCGGGCUGCCCCGCGCCGGGGGCCGAGACGGGGACCGCCGGUCCAGGUGUCCGCUCCGCCCACCGAGCCCGAUGGCGGCGGCCGCGCGCAGGGACCCGGCUCCGGACAAUGUGACUUUGGAGGAUGUGGCCGUGUACUUCUCCUGGGAAGAAUGGGGGCUCCUUGAUGAAGCUCAGAGACGCCUGUACCAUGAUGUGAUGCUGGAGAACUUGGCACUGAUAACCUCUCUGGAUUGUUUGUGUGGCAUAGAGAAUGAGGAGGUACCUUCUGGACAGAAUGUUUCUCUGGGAAGAAUGCCACAAAUCAGGUCUUCAGAGCCAAAUCCAUCCACUGAGAAGGUUCAUUUCUGUGAGAUGUGUGUUCCUGUCAUGAAAGAUAUUUUGUACCUGGUUGAGCAUCAAGAAACACAUACUGGGCAGAAAUCAUACACAUGUGUGGCACGUGGGAAACAAUUCUGUUUCAGUGCAAAUCUUCACCAACACCAGAAUGAGCACAGUGGGAGAAAACCCAAUAGCAAGGACAUGGACAGGGCUUCCUUUGUGAAGACCUAUAGAAGUCAUUCAUUAGGGAAGCCUUUCACCUGUGAGGUUGAAAAGGACUUCUUGGCCAGUUUGGGACUUCUCCAGCAUCAGGCCACUCCCAAAGCGGUACUGAGUAUACACAACAGUACUAAGUGUGAGGGUUCCUUUCACAGUGGAAAAAGUUCUUACAAAUGUGGUGAAUGUGGAAAAGCCUUCUGUCGCAAACGUACACUUGUUCAGCACCAAAGAAUUCACACUGGAGAAGGACUGUUUGAGUGCAGUGAAUGUGGGAAAACCUUCAGCUACAAGCAUACAUUUGUUCAGCAUAAGACAGUCCACACUGGAGAAAAGCCUUUUGAGUGCAGUGAAUGUGGAAGAGGCUUCAGGUUCAAAUAUAAACUUGUUCAGCACCAGCGUACUCACACUGGAGAAAGGCCUUAUGUGUGUAGUGAAUGUGAGAAAGCUUUUGGAUGCAAAUCCAAACUUGUUCGACACCAGAGAAUUCACACCGGAGCAAGGCCUUAUGAAUGUGCUGAAUGUGGCAAAUUCUUUAGACAAAGUUCUAGCCUUGUGCAACAUCGGAGAAUUCACACUGGAGCAAGGCCUUACGAAUGUGACGAAUGUGGGAAGUCUUUUAGCCAAAGCUCUAUCCUCAUUCAGCACCGGAGAGUUCACACUGGAGAAAGGCCAUAUGAGUGCAGUGAAUGUGGGAAAUCCUUUAGACAAAGCUCCAGCCUCAUUCAGCACCGGAGAGUUCACACGGGAGCAAGGCCUUACGAGUGUAGUGAAUGUGGGAAAUCAUUUAGCCAAAGUUUUAGCCUCAUUCUACAUCGGAGAAUUCACACUGGAGAAAGGCCUUACGAAUGCAGUGAAUGUGGGAAAUCCUUUAGCCAAAACUAUAGCCUCAUUCAACACCAUAAACUUCACACUAGAAAAAGGCCUCAGGAGUGCAGCCAGCCUGAGAAAGUUUUCAUUUAACAGUCUUCUCUGAUUCAACACCAAAAACUUCAUUACUCACAUCAGUUUUAUGAAUCAGAUGUGGAAAAACCUUCAGCCAAGAUCUAAACCCAUUCAGCAUGAAAAAGAAAUUCCAUGUAAGAUAAUGGCCUUAAACCUUCAGGGAAUACGCUAUCUCUUUGUUCAGUGUGAAGGCACUAGAGAGCCUCUGUGAGGAGCCAUCUACCAUGCAUUCCAAUCAGGAGUUUUCAGGAGCUGCAUUUCAUAUUCUGACCUGCUCAGACCUUGCCAGAACUCUGUCACUGCCAGUGGUGGCAACAGUUAUCUCCCUCUGACACCUAGCAGGUCCUCCUCAUGGCAUGCACGUCACCUUAGCAUGCUCAGAGAAGACAGAUGUUUGUGCUCUCUCCCGUUCUCUGCUGGAAAUCAUAGUCUGAACCCCUGGGGUGGGAGCUUCCCAUUCCCUUCUCUCUGACUAUGGCAUGGACCUGAUCCACUUUUUGCCCAAAGAACUCAGUCUAGGAACCACUGAUAUUUUGCAAGUUUUACCUUCUUCAUGGAUCGUUGGUCUUACGCAAUAUUUUUUAUGGAUUUUCCAGCCUCCCAAGUCACUGAUGUGGGACCUGUCUGCCUCACAUUUGCUCUGAUUUGUGCAAUAAUAAAGGUCUUAUUAAGUCACAUUUAAUCUUAAGAUUUUUAUUCAUUGUGUGGAGUGGGUUGAAAACAGUUGGGCUCUGCCAUUGUGGAGAGGUAGACAGCUUUCUUGAGGACCUCAAGGGGGGCAGUAUAAUAUCAGAGACUACCUCUCACUAUAUUUUUUACCUAAUCAGCAUUCCUAUCUGGGUAAAAAAAAAAAAAGAAUAAUUAAUUUGGUGUUUGUCCCCAGCUCCUGGCACAGAGCUUCUAAAACCCUUGGGAUUUCCUGGAUAAGAGUCUUUUCUAUGAUAGUGAAAUGGCUCAAGAUGGAAGACAAUAAAGGAACUUCAGGAUGGGAGCUGGUCACCAGACAUUAGAGGGUUCUAACUUUAAGCCCCACCCUUGACAUCUGGGGAGGGGAAGGAGCUAGAGAUUAAGUUCAUUCACCAGUGGCCAGUGAUUUAGUAAACCAUGCCUAUGUAAUGACACCUUGAUAAAAACCCCUAAACAGUAGGGCUUAACACCAGCCAGCCAGGACAGGGGGUGCACACUGAUUCUACUGUGAUAGAGGUUCUUGCUCUUGGAAUUCUUUUGGAACUCACCCUAUGUACCUCUUCAUAUCUUUGUUGAUUUGUGUCCUUUAUAAUAAACUAAUAGUA